AUUUAAAGGUAAGUGUUAAGUAUUCUAAAAUAAUUAUUGAACAAAAGUUAAAUUGACAUUUUUUAUGAAUUGAUUUUAUUUCUAUUAAGUUAAAGCUCAUUGUUAAGAUUUCGAUUUACUAUUCAUUAUUUGUGAUAUAAUUUGUAUUUUAAACAUUUUAAAAAAAAAAAAGCUCAUUUACAACAGAUUUCAGAUACCCAAGAAGAAUGGGAGAAAAUAGCAGCAGAUUUUUAUGAUAUGUGGCAGUUUCCAAACUGCUUAGGAGCGAUGGAUGGGAAACAUAUUACAUUUAGACCAAGACGAGCAGAUGGUGCAUUUUAUCAUAAUUAUAAAGGAACCGAUAGUAUUGUUCUUUUAGGUGUUUGUGAUGCUAAAUAUAGAUUUAUAUGUGUGGAUGUUGGUCAAACAGGCAGAAUGAGUGAUGGUGGAGUAUAUAAUAAUAGCAAGUUAAGUAGUGCUAUUAAGACAAAUGCACUUAAUUUCCCAGAUGACAUAACAUUUCCAAAUUCUAAAAGUAAAAUAGUUGUUCCUCAUGUUUUUAUCGCAGACGAUGCAUUUGCAUUAAGCGAAAGACUUAUGAAACCUUUUCGAAAUAGACUACUCACAAAAGAAGAGUUGAUUUACAAUUAUAGAGUUAGUCGAGCUCGAAGAGUCAUAGAAAAUGCAUUUGGAAUUUUGGCUAACCGGUAACUACAAUUAAAAUAUCUUUGUUUACAUAUAUUAUGUUCUCUAUAAAUGUAUUAUUCUAAAAUUCAAUAUAAUAUUAUAACUAUUUAUACAGGUUUCGAAUUUUGUUAAAUUCAAUGAACCUUUGUGUCAAUAAAGUAGAAAAAAUAACACAGUGUUGCGUUAUUUUACACAAUUUUCUUUUGAUCGAAAAUAAUUUGUUAUACAUCAAUAAUGAAGUGGAUAAGAUUGAUGACAUUGGUAAUAUAAUUGAAGGCUCUUGGCGUUCAGAGGAAUUUCAAUUUACUUCAUUAACUCGGCAAAGUGGUAACCGUACAUCAGUAAUUUCUAAUAACAUUAGAACUGAGUACAUGCGUUUUUUCAACAACGAAGGAGCUGUGGAUUGGCAAAACAAAGCUAUACAAAGAGGCAAUAUAUAAGUUAAAAAAAUAAAAUACAAUGUACAGUGAUAACAAUUUUUAUAUUUUAUUAUAAAAUUAACUUUGUUUUACAAAUAAAAUAACUAAAAAAUUAACAUUUUUAAAUAUUAUGAAUAAUAAGUUUUUUCAUUAGUUAUGUAGUCAUAGUUUUAAAAGCUUCAGCCUUGUCUUUAGGACUUACAAGUAACAAUAGUUAGUUCCUAUUGGUAAAUAUUUUUAUCUUAAAUUACUUAUUUCAUAAAUACUAAAAAUUUCAGCCUUGUCUUUAAGACUUUAAUAUUAAACA